AUGGAACAUCUUUAUCGCAGUGGCGUUGUUCAUAUUCAAUUAAGACGAUUGAUUAACGAAGAAUCAAAAUUUCAGAUCGAGUAUUCUAUCAAUAAAAUUCAAACAUUGAUCAAGGAAGAUCCUGAAAAUCCAAUCGACGAAAAUGAUGGAUUUCUACAGUCAACAGAGCCAGAGAAAAUCAAAUUUGUCUUGGCUACAUCUGAAGUUGAUGAUCAUAAACUUCAGCUGACAUUUUGUAAUGUGGAUCUUUCUGAAGCAAUGAAAUCGAAAAAAAUUUUAUUAAAUGAACAAUUAAAACUAUUGAACACUGUCAACAAUAUCUAUUCAACGAUGAUUCAAUUGGAAAUGGGUGGUCAUCCAGAUUAUCAAUUGAGAGAAGAAACACUUCAGUUGUCUGAUCGUGCAGGUGAAAUUGGUCGAAUUCUAUCUCGAGUGAAAGAUAAUGAAAAUGAAGAGAUCGACAUUUUAAAAAGACUCGUUGAAAGACAAACAGAUCAACUUCAUUUGAUCCAUCAGCAAAUGCAAAUCAAAACGAAAUUAUUCGGAACGAAUGAUCAGAAAAAUGAACCACAAAUCGAUCUUCCAUUUCAAGACCAGAACGAAGAUGAAGAUGUAGAUAAUGAAAAUUUGAUAGAAGAAGAUGGUCUAUUUAGAAUUAGAGGAUCAAUGGAACAACUAGCUCCUCCUGGCCAAGCAGCCGCCGAAGCCGAGCCAAUAGAUGGUGAAUUUUUGAAAAACUUCCAAUCAACACUUUCGAAUCAUGGAUAUGUUGACGGUAUCACAGAGGAACAAUUAGAGGAUUUUAUGAAACCAAUAUGUCAAUUAGCUAAUGAAGUUCCCGAUGUUGAAUUAGUCAUCUUCUUCGAUGAGGUUGUGUUCUUGGAUGAAGCGUCACUACCCGAUGAGAAGAAAAUGGUUUUGAAAGUAUUGCAUCCUUACUUGGAUGAUUGUAAAGUGGCUUUCGUUGCUGUUGCCAAUAAAUCGUUCGAUGCAGCGAAUGCCAAUCGAAUGAUCUGUAUUUAUCGAUCUUUACCAUCAAGAACAGAUCAACACAUUCUGGCUUAUGGAUGUUUGGGUUUGAAAAUUGAUAAUCAACAGCACCGAGUCAAUGAUCGUCUGAAAAAAAUUAUUAAUGGUCUUUGUCAAGGUUACCGUCGCUUGUUGAGCACUGAACUUAUUCCACAAAUUUAUCAUGAUCGAGAUUUCAUUUACAUGUUGCGUCAAUUACGUUUCGAAUUAACCACAACAACGGAUGAACAGGCAACGCAUGUCGAUGGUAUUACACCUCUAAGUCUUCUUCAUGCAUUGGAAGAAAAUUUCAAUGGAAUUUCAAAAGAAAAAUUCGAAGAACUCCUUCAAAUCUUUUUCAAAGCUGUCAAAGAAGAAUGUCCAGAUUUUCGAUUACCGAAUCAACGUCGAAACAUACCAACGAUUCUUCAUCAAUCUAUGAAAUUAGAUUCCUUUCGACGUCGACUCUAUGGACGAUACAAAUUAAUUAUCGAUGAAUCGGAAGAUGAAAGUGCUGUACGUCUAUUGGCGCAGAGUGGCGUUCUUGAUCUUGAUCCGAAUAAAAUAGUUGUUUUUCGAAUGUCCGAUUUUCCAGACGAUGUCAACAAUGAAUUAAGAAGCGUCGAGAUCCUUUCAACCAUCAAAUUAUGUAUGGAAACAGGCAAAACUAUUCUAAUGAUCAAUACUGGACGUAUUCAUGGUUCACUUUACGAUGUUUUCAAUCAAAAUUUCUCGAUCAUGGCGACGGGUGAUAACAGAAAAAUCUGGUCGAAAGUUGCCAUCGGACCAAAAACGAUCGAUGUUAUCGUCCAUGAAGAUUUUCAAUGUAUUGUUCAUAUCAAUCGAAAAGAAUUCAAAGAGAUUCCAGCCCCAUUUCUAAGUCGAUUUCAGAAAUAUUCGUUAUCAAUUAAAGACUUUUAUCAAAUUCAAUGGGCUAAACUUUCCAUCGAAGAACAGAGAUUGAUGGAAAAAGUCGAACAAAAAUCGCAAUCAUUUAUCGAACAUGUUGGACAACAAUACUUCUAUGGUCUAAGUUCAAAUACACUUUAUUCGUGUUUAUUGGGAUUGAUCGAGAAAAAUGAUGAAGAAGAACGUUAUUAUCUCAAUAUUCAUCAACAAUACACGCAAUUGACAUCGAUCAUCGAAAAUUCUGCUGAAUUAGAAGAACAGUUUGCAAAAUAUGAAAAUAAUGCUGAGAAAAAUUUGCUGAUGAUCCUAAUCAACGGCCGUACCAAUCAACAACGUUUACAUAUUCCGUACGUUCGACAAUUAAUUGACAAAGUUGAUUAUCGAUGUAAUUCAGAAAAACAAGAUAAUUUCAAAUAUUUUCUUCUACUCGUACAUUCACCAGCACAAACAAUUUAUCAUCAAUCAUCAUUUCCAUCGAUAUUUCUACAUCAUUGGGAUUUUCAUUUCUUCGAUACAUGUUUGUCAAACAAUUCAUUUUAUAUAAAGAAUUUCAUACAGAUUCUCACUUCAUCUUACGAUAACAGAGUACAUCAAAACGAUAAUCAGAUACUUUGUGAUUACAAUGUUUUGUUUGACGAUUGUCUCUGGGAUUUUUGUUCUCGAAUUCAAAUUGUUCUUCAACAAUUACCAAGAGAUUUAUUCGGAAAUCAAUGUACUUAUGAAUUUUAUCAACGUCAAACGAGUACAUUUCGACGUGUUCAAUGUUUGAAAGAAGUUCUUAGACAAUGUACCGAAUUACAAAAACGAAUUGUUGACAAAUAUCAGACUUAUCUAUCGUUAAAAAAGAAUGCAUCAAAACAAAUCUACACAUUAAUCUAUCAACUUUCUAAAGAUAUUCUUUGUGGAAAACGUUUUGACGGUCUUGUUGAUUCGAUUCAAUCUCAAACUCGACUUUCGUUCAACAACUUUAUAUGCAAUAUUCUCAAACACAUCGUUAAUGAUUAUGGAUUAGAAACUUUACCGAAACUUUCAAACAUCAAUGAUGGAUAUGAUACUAUGUUGAAUCUAAUCGAUCAUUCAUCAAUAUCAAAUGAACAAGAAAACGAUUUACUUUCAACUAACACUCAAACUGUUGUUCAAUUGGUGACACAUUACGCAUGUAUUCCUCAAACACCACUCUAUCAUCUUUUUCAUCAACGAAUCAAAUCCUAUUCGGAUGAAAUUAAAAUGAGACUCAUUCAAAAAACAGCCGAGCAAAAACGUAAUUUAGCCACUGAAAAUGAUCUCAAAGAACAUUACUAUGCAGUACCUGAUGAUGAUGAAAUGAAUAAUGCGAAUGAAAAUGAAAAUACUAUCGAAGAAUUUCGAUUUGAAUUGAUCAAAGCGAUUGAAAAAGAUUCAAUUUUAAUGAAAGUUGUCAACAAAUCCGUUCUGGAAACAUAUUCAAACGAUUUAGUUCAAACAUUUUGUACGAUUGUUGAGAAAAAUUUCACUGAUGAUCGUGUCAAAUGUCAAAAAUCAAUUGAAUUCAUUGCUCGAUGGUUACGUUUAGUCGAUGAAAAUGAACAACGAGUAUUAGAUGAAUAUCGUCAUGAAGAUAUUUGGCGAUUGGCUCAUGUUUACACAUCAUUCGAAUACGAUCGAAAUGAUUUAUUUUCUUUGUAUUCAGCAUGCCGAAUAAUGGAUCGUCUUGAUCAAACUCAAACAUUUUAUCAUCAAUUAUUUGACAAUGAUAAUCCAACAAGAAGUCUCGUUCGUGAACGUUUAUUUCGACGAAUGUUUGAUGAUCUAUGGAAAAAUCUUUCUGAUGUACAUUUCAAUGAUCAAACUAAAGAAACGUGGAUUUUGUGUUAUACAAUGAUAUCGAAAUAUUAUCCAUCUAGUAAAGUUCUUGAGCAAACACAAUUGAUCGAUAUUAAAUUUCGUAUUGAAUUUAUGAAUUUGGCUCAUUUUAUUCUUCUCAAUGAAAAUUUAACAAAACCUGAAGAACUUGUGAUCAAAUUACUUCAACAAUUUGAAUUUCUUCAACAGAAUGAGCCAAACUAUCAUGGCGGCCAACAAAAAUCACCCUAUAUUGAAAGAUAUUCAUCGAUUAUUGAAACCAUCAACGAUUAUAUCGAAGAAAACAAUCUUCCAAAAUCAACGUUAAUGAUCGAUGUUCAACAAUGGAUAAUUUCAAUUUUAAAAGCUACUAAUGAUUCCUAUCGUGACGAAAUCUUUUCAGUGUUUAAAUAUUUGAAUCAACCAACUUGUCCGUUGAGAUUGCCGAUAAAAGAAUUUCUUUUUGACGAAUUGGUGAAUAUUUAUCUCAAAUACAUGCAACAAAAUCAAAUGAUUAAAAAUGCAUGGGAUCGUAUUCUUCUUCUUCCAACAAUGAUUCAAUGUGUGUCCGAUGGCAAUUCACUUGAAAAUUAUCGUCUACCAUAUCAUCCAUCAGUGGUCACUCAGGAAAACGCUCGAUCGACAUUGCUCGAUCUGUUCUUUUCUCAUUUAAAACGUUCGAUGAGCAAUGAAGUAGUUCAUUGCACAUUGGUCAAUAAAAUCCUGCAAUCCGCGGUUCCACCUGCUGAUAUUCGUCAACGUCAACCAUUAGUCGAUGCUAUUUUUCGACAAAUCAAAGAUUAUUUUCUCAUUCAAUUGACAGCUCUUCUUCUUUGUCAAGCCGAUCGCUCAGUUGAAGAUCAAGCUGAUGUCAAUCGUAUACUUUUAUAUAUGAUCAAUAAUUAUCUAUCAAUUCAAAACAAUGCAACAAAACUGAGCGAACCUCUUCAAAAUUUUCUUGCGACAAUCGUUUCCAAAUUUUCAUGGAAUCAUCUUUUGAAAAUGCUUAAGUCACAUGAUGUUCAACAACAGAAUCAACAAUGGUCUACGACUUUAUCUCGAUUUUUUGAGAAUAAACAAGCAACGGCAGCAAGACAAUCUUCAAUACAGAUGAGUCAUCAACUAGAAUUCACACUAACGUCCAAUAAUGAGCAAUCAAUCUUUCCUCAUCUUCAACAAUCUUACGAAGAAUUGAAAAGGAUUGUUGAUCAAUGUGUCAAUCAAAACAAUGAUGAACAAUGUUGGAAACCAUUUACAGAUUGGAUUGCUUUGAAUCGUCAAGGAAAUCCACCGAAACUUCAACUCAUCGAAAUCAAAGUGAUCGUCUUAUUAAAUAUUUACUACGAAUAUCUUUGUCAAGAUCGAUUAGAAUCGAUUGAUUCAUUGUUGUCGAUUAUUGAAAGAGAUUUAGAUCUUUUAGUAGAGGAAAGACUCGUUUUUCGAGCUCUUAGUCAACCUGAACGAUUCAUGAUUGGUUAUCCAAGAAAUCCGCAGGAUGAACGAAAUACAUUGAACGAUUUCUUUACUCCUCAAUGUCAAAAUGAAGACGAACUUCGAAUCCGUCAUUGUUUAGUCAAUCUGAUGGCGAUGAUUCUUCUCGGUGGGAAACAAAGUUUUCUCUGGUCGUUUGCGUUUCAACCGCUAAGUUUACUACACACUCACGGCUUCGGUACCACGGCUCAACAACCAAUUGAAGAACAUGGAGUGCAUUAUGAUUGUGGUUGCGUCAUCGAUGAAAAAGGCGAGUUGCUACAAUUUUCAGGAAAACCGGGUCCAUUGAAUAUACCAGGAAUCUAUGUGGCAUAUUUUUCAACUUUUGGUGCCAUGGCCUGGCAUUUGUUAUUAUAUCAAGAUUCAGAGAAAAAUUUGCAUGGGCCUGUCUUAGCAAAACAUGCCAUUGCUGACAUAUCGAAAGAGUGCCGAGUAGAAGGCAACCAGGAGCGAACAAAAGUGUGUCAUUUUGUUUGUGCUCGUCUUUUAGCUACUUAUCAUUUUCUUUGCAUACGUUUCAACCAAGAUGAUACAUGUAUACUGAUUAAUCGCUGUUUGGAGAAAAUGGCAUAUUUAACUCUUCGUCAACAGCAAUGGAUUAAACCUGUUUACACAACAUAUAACGACCAAUUGAAUGCUGAAGACCAAUAUCAACAACACGUCUUCUAUUUUAUUCUUCAAAAAUUACCCGAGUACAAAGCUCAAAUCAAUCAAUUAAGUUUACAAUCAGAGAUUCAAGCAAAUUUACAAGUCUAUAUCGACCAAAUGCCAAUUUCUAUUAAUUAUGAACAUUUCAAAACUGAACUUCAUAAUCCAAAGAGUUCUUCGUUAUCAUUGAAUAUUUUACGGCGUAUUCUAAGUUCUACUAGUUUUCUCGAAAUGACUCGAUCAAUUUAUGAUUUGAGUCAAUUUUAUGUUCUUUUACAUCAAACUUACAGUUCAUUGAUUGAACGAGAUGAAUUCAUUGAAAUAUCAUUGGAAGAUUUAUCGAAGCGUGCUGAACAAAAUUCGAAUAUUGUUGAUCAACGUCUCCGUGCACAACAUCAUUUGAUCAUUAAAAAUGGAUUAAAAGCUGUCAAUUUAUAUCAUAAGUUUACUGAUGGAUUGAUUCAACCAGGAGCUUGUGAUGAAACUCAACGUUUUAAUGAAGUUUCUAUUGAAACACCAAUUCAUUAUUUAGUAACGACUGAAAAUCAUGAUGAAGACGAUAUCGUUAUGAGAAUCCUAAGUGUACUUGCUGAUUAUCACAAUGGUUUAUUGGAACUGUUAGAAAAAGAAUUGACAAAUGAACUUAAUAAUAAUAUGACUGUUCUCAAAAGUUUAGUUUAUGAUAUAGUUUCAAAAGAUGUUUCAAUUUUACAAAUUGCUCGUGAUAAUACUGGUGUAAUUACACUUACAGCAGAUGAUGUUUUAUGGUUGUCGAAAUUAUCUCGUGCUAGUUUAAUUACUGAUACAGAGAAUGUUUUUGAAAUCAAAGAAAAUCUUUUGAAAUUUGAUUUUCGUUACAUCCAAUCUUAUGUUGUUCGAACGCAUUUAUUAUUAUGUCGAAUUAAUUUUCGUCAUAUUGUUCAAAAAUAUCAAUGUUAUAAACGAAAGAAUCAAACGAACAAUGAAUCUGAAAUGAUUGAGCUCGGUGAAAAUUAUUCGAAACACAUCGAUCGUGACAAAUUAGAAACUGAAUGGAGUCACCUAAAAGAUAUGUUAGUAGAUAAACUUACCAAUGGUUAUAAACUUCUUCGACAAAUUAUGUUGUUAAUUAAAUCAAAUGAGAAUGAUCUUUCAUAUUUAAGUCUCAAUGAAUUUUUAAAUAUUCACGCCAACGAUCAAACUAUUCGAGAACAAUGUGAACUCUAUGAAAUACGAAAUUUUCAAUUAUGUUAUUUGAAUCAUAUUCAAGAAUUGUAUUCUAAUGCCAUUAAUGAUUUUCAAUAUUUAUUUACUGAUGUUCCUCAUCUAUUACGAACUCCAAUCAAUGAUCAAUUAAAUGAAGAAUUAAAACAAGCGAUCAAAGUCAACUUAAUUGACAUAGAAUAUAAUGAUCAUGUUGAGGAGUUGAAAUCAACAAUUCAUACGAUAAGUGAAUUUCUUAAUGACUUACGUGCGAUUGAAGUUUCUCUAUUUGAGCAAUCGACACAAUCAUUACCAAAAACAUGUGAAUAUGUGGCGAUAGACAAUACAAUUUUAUCCUGGAUUCCCUCUGAAAUUCGUUGUGAAAAUUAUGUUUCAUUAAGUAUUCAUUUGAUUCGAUGUCGAUCGAUUCUUCAAGAAAAAUUGGUUAAUAUUCAAGAAAAACAAAAUAUUCUAUGGGCAGAAGAAAUUGAUGAAAAUCAAAAUCCAACUGAAUCGAAGAAUACAUUUCUUAAUUAUUUGAACAGCAAAGAAGAUAAUUCACAAGAUGAAUUCGCCAAUAAUCUAAUUGGAGAAGAUGGAUUCAAUUUUCCACCAACAACUAUAGGUGACAAUUAUAAUUGGAAUUAUGUUGAUCAUUUGCUUGAUCAAGAUGAUCAAAAACCAAUGACAACAACAAUUGAUAAUCAACAAAUGAAACAAGAUGAGAUCAUCAACGAUGAAAAAACUGAUUGUCCAACUUUGUAUACAAUGCAACUUAAAUCUCUUCCAUUCGAAUCAUCACCUUGGUUUGAUCUAUUAAAUCAAUUGAAAACUCAGAACAGUGAAGAAGAGAAAAAAGCCAAAUCCGUCAGUAUCAUUCAUCCAGAUGAAAAAAAGAGUUCUCAUCUGUUGAGAAAAGAAAAACUCUUUGAACAGCUGCAAAAAAUAUUCAAAGAUAAAGGUUAUUCAUCUGAAACAUUGAUACCAGUCGAUAAAUAUCAGAUUGGUCUCGACCUGCAGGGUGAUAAUCCAUCACUUCCACGUGAUUUUCCAUUGGAAUAUUCGAUUCUUCAAAGAACAUCUUUGAUACAAGUUAAAGUUGAAUAUGAAGAAAAAUCGGUUGAUUAUUUCACCAAAUCGGAAUGUCCAGUGAUCAAUGUUUUCAGUCGAACGUUGAAUGAUCCCAAACUCGGUUUAAAACUAAAUGCAGAGAAUGUUAUAUGUUUCUUCGAUGAAAAUAGACGAUUGAUUCAUGACGGAAUCAUUGGAGAUCUUUUUUCAGUUAAUGAUCAAGAGAAGAGAAAAGUUCGUCUAAUUCUCACUGAAGAAAAUCGAUCGAUUUUGUUCAACGAAAUUCUCUAUCGAACUGCUCACGACGAAGAGAAAAGAAUUUUACUCUAUCCAAAUACAGUAUGGCAGAAUUUGGAUAAUUGGUUUCGAGAACAACCUGUAGCGAAAAAUCUUGGCAAAGAAUAUUUCAGUUAUUUUCUCAAGGAAAAGAACAGCAUUGUCGGUGAAACAGAUGAAAUUUCCUCAACAGUCGAACCGAUUACGAUCGAUGUGAUUAGUCGAGAUUCAAUAAUGCAUGUAAAAAUUUCUUAUGAAAAUCAAUCCGAAAAAAUCUGUGUGUUAAAAGCAAUGAAAAUCAAUCAACUGUUGAACAACGAAAAUCUUUUACUAAAAUUGAAUUUAAAUGUUCAUUCUCUUCGUGAUUGUGUUUUAGUUCUAGGAGAAAAUCCUGAUCAAAGACUUUCAAAUGAAGAUACACAAAAGCCGAUCGGUGAAUUUACUGUUGAUGAUCAACAAGUCGUGGAAUUUCGCAUUGCUCUUCUCAUUCAAAUUUCAACUUCAAACAACAGUGAAAAACCUGAAGAAGUUCUUCUAUUUAACAGAAAAGUGACGAUCGAAGAAUUAUUUCAAAUUUCUAAAGGAUCUGAACGUGGUUACAAAUAUCUAGCGUCGUAUAAUACGAAGAAAAUCAUUGAUUUUCAUCAACUAUUGUCUGAUGUGAAUGAAACAAGAUUUCUGUUGGUGAAAGAAGAUCAAUUUUGUUCGAUUCAUAUUCGAAGAUCAACUGAAAAUCAAUUGAUUUCGAUCGAUGACAAUGAAACGAACAGCAAACAAGAUUUUGCAUCAUCUGCCACCAUCGCUGAUGUUUACAAAGCGAAUCGUAUAAACGAUCAAAAUGAAUAUCUUCUAUUUGAAAAGGAUUUUCUUCCUUCGCUGGAAACUUCGUUAUCAGUCUUCGCAUCGAUAUCACCGAUUGAAUUCGAUGUGAUCAAUGAAAAACUACCAAUUCAUAUUAUUGUUGAGAGCAGUAUCGACAAGCAAACAAUCAAUUAUCACAGUUCAUCUCAAACGCAGUUCAAACGUUUGUGCUCGAUCGCGUGUCAACUGAUGCAUUUGAAUCCAAAAUUUUAUCAACUGACGUAUAAUGAAGCGGAAUUAUCAGACGAUGAAAUGUGUUUGGACGAUAUUGAAAAUGUUCCGGAUGAAGUUAAAUUAGAAUUGAUUUGCAGCUCUUCUUUAAAAGCUUCGAUUAAAUUUGAACAAGUGGAAGUUUUGAUUCCAUGCACUGAGGAAACUGUGGCAUUAGAGUUGAUUGAAGAAGCUUUGUUAAAAUUGAACUUUUCAAAAAGCGAUUUGUCUCAAUUUGAAUUAUUUGCUCUUGAUGAUCAAGAAACACAAGUCGAAAUGGAUUAUAAGAUUGAAGAUGUUCGUGGAAUCUUUCCUGAAAAUACUGAAACGAUAAAACUCGAACUUAGAAGGAAGAGUUAA